UUUAUGCGCAGGCGCAGCCACGCGGGAUUCAGAGGUGCGCAAGCGCAUUUGUGCUUGGCGUCAUAGUUACCGUUGUUAGGUGCUCCAAGAUUCCUAACUGUUGCGUGGUGGGUUUGGCUUAUCUCUAGCACUGGUGUUGGUGUCUAGAAGCGGCGAAGAGCCAAGCGGAAGGUGAAGUGGUGGUAAAGCCUCUAGGCUUUGCAAUGAAGAAGUUUUUUUGUUUCCAGACUGGGAAGGUGUGUUCAUCCUCGACCAUUGACAUCGAGGGGAUGAAUGACUUGAUGGCUUCCGUUCACAAGGAGGAAGUCACGGAUACCCAGCCCCGGUAUAACAUCCGCGUGAAAGAGCUCAAAAAGAUCCACAAAGUUGCUCUCCUGGGCGACAUAUGGAAUAUGGAGCAGUUGCUACUGCGUGGGAAGAACGUGAAUAAAAGAGACAAGAGGAAAAGGACGCCUCUCCAUCUGGCCUGUACCAUCGGCCAUGCUGACAUGGUAGAUUUUCUUGUAGAGAGGAAAUGCAAGCUUGACCUCUAUGAUGGAGACUAUAGGACUCCUCUAAUGAAGGCUGUACAAUACCAGGAAGAGGCAUGUGUAACUACUCUUUUAGAACAUGGUGCUAAUCCAGAUCUUACGGAUAAGUUUGGCAAUACUGCCCUCCACUAUGCUGUUGCUGGUGAGAACACAUCAAUAGUAGAGAAGCUGAUUUUAUACCAUGCAAAUAUUGAAGCAAGAAACAAGGUCGAAUUCACACCGUUUUUACUUGCUGUAAAUGAAAACAACCACAAAAUGGUGGAAUUGUUAAUUAGAGAAAAAGCAGAUGUACAUGUGGUUGAUAAGUUUAAAAGAACAGCCCUCAUGCUUGCUGCACCUUCUAAAUCUCCAGAUAUAGUCAGGCUUCUUCUUCAGCAAGGUGUUAAUACCUCUUCUCGAGAUGAACGUGGAUGGACGGCAGGAGACUAUGCUCUUUUUAGUGGGUCUGAUGGCAAUCACCAAAUAAUUGCCAAACAUACAGAAGAAAGACUUAAAAAUUUUUCGCAAAAUAACAAUCCAGCGAAUAAGACUUCUGAAGAAGACUGUAUAAUCAGUAUUUCCAUUAAACCUGGUGAUGAUGAUGCUUCAUGGCCUGCAUCAGGUGUUGAAGACUUAAGUUUGAAUACAAAGAAUACCUCAAAACCAAACUUAAGGAAGCAAAUGAAUGUUUCUCAGCAUUUCAAGAACUCAAAACUUGGCCUUGUAUCACCGGGAGAUAAAACUUUAUUUGAGAAUGAUAAUUCUGAUAACAAGUGUGAACAUACGGUUGGCGUUCCUUCCAUACCAUCCAUCGAUGCCUGUGACUCUUCUCCUCUGGCUUUGCCAACACCUGAUUCUAUUCUAAAACCUCCUUUCACAUUGUUAGGCCUUGGUCUUACAAAGGAAGGAGAGGAGAGGCCAGCAACUGGAACAAAGGACGAUGGUAUCACUGAAAGUGUUCCACAAGCGCAAACAGUUAAUGACUGUUUGACUUCUGCUGACAGGGCAGAUAAAAAUGAUAGACAUGUUACGCUGUCAGCAUUAGCAUUCACAGAACAAACUGAAGAAUCACCUUGGGAUUCUGAGAGUAAUUCUGAGAGUCUUCCAGAAACAUACGUUGUUCAUUUACCUGGAAAUGCAGAUCAGAAAGGGGCAAGUACAUUAAAUGAACAAGUAGAAGAUUGUAUGGAAUGUACAUUAUGUACUAAUCCUAUUGUUUCAAUACCUCUGCAGCCUCCUGUCAAGGAGAAAGGUUCUGUUCCUAAGAAAGGAGGAGAAAUGGAGAAAAAACAAACAUCCAAAUCAGAUUUUUCAGCAGAACUAGACUUAGAAAUGACAACAGAAAAAGAGGAAGAAAGUUGUAAUGAAAGUGAAAAUAAACACCUGCAGGUUUCUGUGAGACAACUUCAAGAAGAACUGGCCAAUACCCUAAAAACACUAUCUAUGUCAGAGGCUUCACUGGAGGUGAAAUCACGUUGUUGUACGAAUUUAGAAGAUGAGGUAAAAGACUUAAAGGAAAAACUGGCUCAGAGUAGGAAUCAGGUUGAUGACCUUACAGCAAAACUGGAAACUGUGUCUUCAAGAAACCAGGUUCUUAUUGAGGAAUUAUCAUCUAUGAAAGAAAUACAAAGAAAAUGUGAAAAGCUAGAGAAGAAUAAAAAGAAGUUGGAACAACAAGUAGUAAAGCUCAGAAGUUCUGUAGAAGUCAACAUGUUAGAAUAUAGUAAAAUGGAACAAUAUAAACGGGAUUUUGAAGAAACUACAAGAUUGAACGUAGCAGAAAAAUUAAAAGAAGUUGAUCUAUUUUUAGAGAUGCAAGUAGCAUUUCAAGACAGCUUAGCACAGGUAAAAGAAAAGAAUUAUGCUUCAGUAAGAAGUCAAAUGGAACUCAGAAUUAAAGAGCUGGAAUUUGAAUUAUCUAAAAUGAAAAAAACUCAAGAUGUUACUAAAACAGAAUUGGACAGAUACAAGCACCUCUACCUAGAAGAAGUAACACAUCGAAUGUCAUUGACAAAUGAACUGAACAAGACUAGUGCUGCCAAUAUGAGGCCAUCCCCAGAUCUGCCUUAUGGUAGAAAUGUCAAU